AUGGUGGACGCUAACCUUAAUGUUGAUGAUGCUUGUGUCAAUGCUUUCAAUCGCUUAAAGCUGACUAAAGAUAUUAGAUUCGUCAUUUUCAAAGUCGAAGGAGAGUCACAAGUUAUCGUAGAGAGAGUUGGAGAUUUGGCAUCAACUUAUCAAGAUUUUGUAAGCAGUCUUCCACAUAAUGAGCCUCGCUUCGUAGUUUAUGACUACGAAUUUAGAAAAGAUGAUGGAAUUACAUCAAACAAAAUUGUUUUCAUCCACUGGUCUCCUGACAACUCUAUAGUCAAGAACAAAAUGAUCUAUGCUUCGACAAAGGAAAAUUUGAAGAGGAGAUUUUCAGGAAUUCAUCGAGAAGUUCAAGCUUGCUCUGUUUCUGAAGUUGAAGAAAGUGAAAUUGUGCAAGCCCUUAGAUAA